ACACAGGCUUGAAAGUUUACCACAGAUGUAGUUAGGAGUUCUGUAUUUCAAAAUGCAGACAAACUUUCUUUCCCAGCAAUUUAAAGCUGGUUUUUUGGCAGAAAACUCCACGGCUUGUCCAGCAAAUGCUACUAUUUGUGAUGGCACAUCUUGUGUAUUACCAGAAGAUAAUUUUAAUCAAACUUUGAGCGUAAUUUUAAGUACUGUUCUAACAAUCAUGCUGGCUAUGGUGAUGUUCUCCAUGGGCUGCAACGUGGAAAUUAAGAAUUUUUUGGGUCAUUUAAGAAGACCCUGGGGUAUAUUUGUGGGUUUCCUUUGCCAGUUUGGAAUUAUGCCUCUCACAGCCUUCUUGCUCUCUUUGGCCUUUGAUAUCCUUCCUAUUCAAGCUGUCGUGGUGCUGAUCAUGGGAUGCUGUCCAGGGGGCACAGCCUCAAAUGUCAUUGCCUACUGGGUGGAUGGAGACAUGGACCUAAGCAUCAGCAUGACAACUUGCUCCACACUGCUUGCAAUGGGAAUGAUGCCACUUUGUCUCCUUAUUUACACCAAGAUGUGGACUGAUUCAAAUGCAAUUGUACUCCCCUACGACAGCAUUGGAAUUUCUCUGGUAGCUCUUGUAAUUCCCAUUUCGUUUGGAAUAUUUGUCAACCACAAAUGGCCCAGUAAAGCGAAAAUCAUACUUAAGGUGGGUUCCAUUGUGGGAGCAGUGCUCAUCGUGGUCAUUGCUGUGGUUGGGGGCAUACUCUACAAAGGCUCUUGGAUUAUCACACCAAAAUUAUGGAUCAUUGGCACCAUAUUUCCAGCAGCUGGUUAUUCUUUAGGAUUCUUUCUGGCUCGUAUUGCUGGUCUUUCUUGGCACAGAUGUCGUACAGUGUCUCUGGAAACAGGCAUGCAAAACACUCAGCUAUGUUCAACUAUAGUACAGCUCUCAUUCAGUCCUGAAGAACUGGAACUGAUGUUUACUUUCCCACUCAUCUACAGCAUUUUCCAGCUGACGUUUGCACUACUAAUUUUAGGAGGCUACCGUCUAUACAGAAGACGCCAUGUCAAAACAGCAACAGAUGUUGAGAAAACACCACAAAAAGAGAAUUCAAAAUCAAUUGCUAUAAAUAAUGGAGGAUUUGUAUCAGAUGAGAUGAAAUAGACAACUACAUCUGCACCCACCAGCUGUGAGGAUAAAGAAUAUAUGGUUUAUUUAAAACCGGUUUUUUUUAUUGUGCUGUUUUUCCAUAGUAAUAUUUAACAAAAGAAGUUCUGCUGAUACUGCACUGUGAGACUUUAAAAUUAUUAACUUAAGAAAGAUCUACUUUGAUUUUUAACAUGGUUUUUGCCACAAUUGUAGAAUCUGGUUUUGAGGCUAAUUCCCAAAAAAUAUGUAAUAUUUUAUUAUGGAUUAUUUAACAAAAAGCAGAAUAAAGGUGGCCUAUUGGUAAGAAGAAGCAAAUAUCUUCAAUAUCAGCUCCAGCCCAUGGUCCUGCAAAUCCAUUUGCUAGUCUCAGCCCCACACAAAACAAAGAGAAAUCUUCUUAAAGUGUCUGCGCAGGAACAGGAGUUGAUGUAGAAGAUCUGGUAAGGCUGAGUAUGAAUCAAGCAUGAAAUUGGACCAAGCCAAUAAUGAAAUAAAAGUUUCAUUUAGGUCAGUCUGGGCAGACUAAAGCACUGUAUUAAUUGCUUGAAGCAUUAAUUUAUUCUAAUGCUAUAUUUUACCAAGUGCACGGCACCUUAUCACUCCAUUUUUUUUUCUCAAAGUAAUAGAAUGUAACAGUCUUACAUCUUUGGCCUGUGUAUUUUAGGUGUUGGAAACAAGAACAGAGACACAAAGGUGAGGGCUUAAGUCUUGAGCAAUUUUAGUGACAGCAGUGAGAGCUGCAUACACAGGAGCAAGCAGAGGUUCUGGAGGGGUAAGAAAUUAUCAGCUUCUGCACUGGAAGGAAGGCAUUUCAAAAUGGAACAAAAAAACGUCCCUGAUUCAUCCAGGAAUGCUUCCACCAAUCUUAACAUGAGACAGCAGUUUUUGGAGAGAGUUAAAUAUUUUUUGUUAUUUUAUGAGGUAAAUAAAUUUGAACCUACCAGAUGUCUAUGACAUUUAGACAUUGAUAUAGUUGACAAUUUUAAGAUUUUAUUUAUAUAAACCAGGAAUAUAAAUAAUUGGAUGUACACAUACAUUAUACAUAGUUUCUGAAAAUUCAGGAGUACAUAUGGAAAUCUCUCCUAAUUGUGUGGAGAAAAUUAGUGCAAUUCUAGGAGAAACAGCGUAGUAAAAUCCUUGCAGCUGUAAUUUUUUUAAGGAAACACUCAGUAACAUUAGUGCAGUAGAUGCUAUGUAAAGAAAAUAUCCAGAGAACUUCAGGUAAAUGAGCGAGAGCUUGGCUGACCAAAAAAUUUAAGAGUGAACUGACUAUCAGCACAUGGAAACAAUAUGCCUUUCUAUCAUAUUUAAGUGGACCUUCCAAGAUAUGGUGAGUUAACGUUUUUUACAAACACAACUGAAAUUGUGGAAUUUAAGUCCCCAGUGUGCAGCUUUCCACUGCUGCAGAAACAUGCCCAGUACUAAACUAAGAAUAAAUUAUUGUUGUCUACCAUAUGUGGACCCCAAAGGGUCUUAAAAUGUUCCUGAGUACUGUGAGGCUUGAAGUUGCUUUACUUUUGUCAGGGAGAUCAGAAUGGUCAUAACUUCCAAGGAGGAGUUCAACACUGAGUGGAAGUUAGUUGUGUUUUAUAGAACAAAGAUUAAACAAAAUACGGAGAAAUCAUAAAUUGUGAAACAGCACAUUCAUCAAGAAAAGGAAAAGCUUUUAUUUGUAACAUCUGUACUAAAAUGGUUGUUGUCUUGCUCCUGCUCCUGUCAAAAAAUGGACAGUGGAAGUUAGUUAGGAUCAUGUCUUUCUUACACAUGAAGCUGCUACUCUUCUCCCAUGCUUGCUGAACUUCUAUGUUUCUGUGUAUAUUUCAAGCAGAUUCUGAAAAUAUGUUGAAGAGUAAUAGUUUGUCUUGCUUAUACUCUGUGUGUGUCUCUGUGUGCGUGUGUGCUUGUGUGUCCGUGUAUUUAACACAACUGUAUAAACAUUGAACUAA